AUGGACUUACAAGUGGUCUCUCAUAUAUGUGCUUUUUAUCUCUUUCACCAUCUCUGCACCAGCGGGAAUGCUAUGUACACCCACGAAAACAACUCUGUGCCCGAGCUCUCUCUCGACCGCGACUCUGUUCAAACCAACGCCCAGUCUCCAACCUCCAAUGGUAGCAGUUCCAAGAUUCAUGUCCUGAACGACAUUCUGACAUCACCGGCCAUUCUCCCCAGUGUCAUUUUGAAGCAGGAAUGUAGCCGGUCCCAGAGCCCCGAGGGAUACGCGCUACAACGCAGUAUAAAGCAGCUGCCUCCAGUGCCCAGCUACAGGGUUCCUCAGUUUGACGAGGCCACAUCCCAGCCCGUUGGGAGUUCCCACCUGCAGCACAUGAGGCAAUCGAGACACGAAUGUGAGGGUCACUGGGAGGCUAACAAUAAUUGUGCCAAUUUAAACGACGCCCCAAACAGAACAACGCCAAUCACCACCACAACACCAACAGCACGUAUUGGAGACCACGAAACCACCAGCUCAUCACCCCCCUUAACAGCACGCAGCUCUGUGGUACAUUCACGAAUCGCAUCUCUCAUCCACACGCCCCAGGUCAUAGAGGGAUGGUCAAUCACAACACCAUCAGAAGCAGAUACACCCGAAGUUUAUUCGUCGCCACACUUCCCGCUAGACUCGCUGACAGAGCAUCUGCGAUUAUACAGUAAUAAUACCACCACGGCGACCAUGGAUCACGUGGCGGACUCCCACCACGCGGCGGACCUCUCUGCAGAGCAACAGUUGGAGCUCCAGUUGCCUCCUGCGAUCCAGGACUUGCUAUACCAGCCCCACAAUGCCACCAUGGCCCAACGCACCUUCAUCAUUGCCCUGCUGUGGCAAAAGUGGCCCCAGUUCCGCGCCUCCCCCGUGGCGGGAGAGGAGGUGGUUCUGUUCAAGAAGGGCCUUCUCGACAACUUUGCCAGCGCUGUGGGGAUCAUCGGAGACGACGUGGAGGCCGAAUUCAAUGUCCUACCGCCCGACCAGGACUUCAUGCCUCCAGAUCAACUCGAUCAGACAGAUAUAUGCGACCCCCAUACCAUGCGGCUCAAGCCGGGGUUCACCGGAGAUGACUUUGACACAGUACCGGUGCGCUUCUAUAGCCUGCUGGACGAGUGGCGUUUGCUUGACACAGACUCACCUGUGAUUAAGCGAUUCUACAUCGCUGAUCCGCCCCGUCUGGAGCUCUACCCGCCUGAAUUCACACUGGCUCAGUUGCGCCAGAAACGCACCCUGGAUUGGGAAUCAGGAGACCGGCAAUCGCGUCUGCCUACAAUUCAGGUGUCGGAGAUUGAGCUGUCGCGUCUGAAUCAAGAAAUCUCCGACCAGCUCGACAUCAGAGGUGAUCUGCGAGUCUACGCCACAUCUGAAGCGCUGGACGGACCCGUUGAUCUCGCUACCUUCAAGCGCAUGCAAAAGGUGCGUCUUCAGAGCCCUUACACAACCGAUAAACUGACUCCUAACCUGAUCAUCUCAGCAAAGGAGGCCCGUGGAUAUAUUGAGGACAGUCUCACGGCUGGACCCACAAUGGGUACCACCGGUCUCAGCAACCUCGGUAACACAUGCUACAUGAACUCAGCGCUACAGUGUCUGGUUCAUGUACCUGAGGUUGUGGAGUACUUCUUGUCGGGCUAUUACGAGUCCGAAAUCAACAAGGACAACCCGAUUGGUAAGAACGGUGAUGUGGCCUUGGCAUUUGCUGAACUUGUGCGACGUGUCUAUCUCGACAAGUCAAGCACAUAUGCUCCUCGGCAGUUCAAGUCCAUUGUAGGAGAGUACGGGCCCCAGUUUGCUGGCUACGGGCAGCAGGACUCGCAAGAGUUCCUCGCCUACCUGCUGGACUCACUGCAUGAAGAUCUCAACCGAAUUCUUCAAAAACCAGCCACUACAAAGCCCGAGCUGGACCCUGAGCGGGCUGGAGAUCCCUUGGAGGUGGCUCGAGUGGCUGUGGAGUCGUGGGAUGUGCAUCGAUUGCGAAAUGAUUCGCCAAUCCUCGACCUGUUCACUGGCAUGUACAAGUCGACGGUUGUAUGCCCUGUCUCACAGCAGGCCUCGAUUACCUUUGACCCCUUCUCAGAUCUCACUUUGCCUCUUCCGGUGGACGACUCGUGGUCGAAGGAUUUCAUUUUUGUACCUUAUGACACCUCCCAACAGCCGUGCAUUAUUCCUAUUGAGCUGAAGAAGCACUCUCGGUUCCAGGAGCUUCGGCAGUUGGUGGCAUCAAAGGCCGGUGAGAAUGUAAACCCAGAAUCUCUCAUGUUCUCUGAGGUGUACAUGUCGCAGUUCUUCAGACACAUUUCCAGGGAUGAAACCAGCUCCGUUUCCGAACUUAUUCCUGGGAACGACACAGUGGUGGUGUAUGAGACGGGUCUUUCUGCCGACGAAAUGUGGUCGUAUCAUCACGAUCUGGAGCCAGCGAAGUUCAUUGUUCCGGUUUUCAAUCGGCUGGAAUACACUGACACGGAAGAGCAGCCCCUGUCUUCCUAUGCUCGGCGUAACUCCCAGUUUCUGUCGAUUCCGUUCUUCAUCACUGUCACAGACGGAGAGGCUCGUGACUUUAGCUUAGUCACCAAUCUCAUCUACAAGCGGUACUUCCAACUUUGUCGAAGUGUUGAGGAGUGGGCUGUGUUGGAGGAACUCGCUUUUGAUGUCAACUAUGUGACUCCCCGAACCAACGAUAUCCCUCUGGGCGGAUUGUCGAUGCUCAACGCUGAUCGAAUCUUCCCCAUGUCGUCCCGUCUUGAUGCCAGCGAGUCUUCUGAGCCUGACGUGAUUGAGAUUGACGCUAGUCUGAACACCCCAGACAAGGAGGAUGUCAAGAUGGAGGACGAGAAUGAAGGAGACCAGGCAGAAGUGGAGACUGCUGCUGAAGAAGCAGCUGAGGAAGAUGUGACUGAGCCUCCAGUUGUGGCUGAGGAGCCUGCUGCUAUUGAGAGUGUGGUGGAUAUCUCUGAUGACGAGGCUUACAAGUCUCUGGUUGAGUCUACUGGUUCUUCUGUGACUCCUUCUGAGUCGAACUGUUCGGAACUGCCCGAUGCUGUUGAUAGUGGUGCGACUGCAGUGGUUGCAGCACCCUCCGUUGACGGACAUGCUUCUCUACCCUCUCCUCCCGCUCCUAGCCAUUUUGUCACCCAUACUGAAGGUAUUGUUUGUGAUUGGCAAGGAGACACGGCUGCCAAAUACCUUCAUGACUACGACUCUCUGGCCACUUCUCUUGAAACUAAGGUUGAUCCAAAGUUGGAGGCUGUCAGAGCUGCUCGAGCAGAUAAAUCUAAUCAAGGUAUUGAUCUCAGUGAGUGUUUGGAUCUCUUUUCUGCCUCUGAGGUACUCUCCGAUGAUGAUCUUUGGUACUGUCCUGUUUGCAAGGACUUCCGACAGGCUACCAAGAAAAUUGAGCUGUGGAAGUGCCCUGAGAUUCUGGUGAUUCAUCUCAAACGGUUUUCAAGCAGCAGAAACUUCCGAGACAAGAUCUCUGAGGUGGUUCAUUUCCCUAUUGAGGGUCUGGAUCUAACUGAGCGAGUUGGAGAGGCCAAGGCUUCGGACUCUCCCCUCAUCUAUGAUCUUAUUGGAGUUGACAACCACAUGGGGGGUCUAGGAGGUGGACAUUACACUGCUUUUGCCAAAAACUUUGUCGAUGGUAAGUGGUACCAUUACAACGAUAGCAGUGUGUCUCCUAUUUCCGAGAACCAGCUGGUUACAGCCAAUGCCUAUCUGUUGUUCUACAAGCGUCGAAUUCCUACUGCCUCUGGUGAUGCAACUGACACAAAGACUCACGAGAUUCUUCGAGAUCUUGUUGCCAAGCGCGGUGAGAACGACCUGUCUGUCUACUCGUCGUUCGUGGCCUCUGUCGAGGGCAAGCUCGUCGGGGGUAGCAGCUCCAACACGCGUAGUAGCGGCGGCAGUGGUGGUGGCUCUACUAGCAGUGCGUCCAGUUACUCUUCUGGCUCGUCCUCGGGACCCUUUGGUAGCAGCAGCAGCUCUGUUGCUCCUCGGCUCAAGUUUCGUGGUAACAUGGUUGUGUCUCCUGAGUCUCCCUUGGGCAACCCUCCGGCCUACCCUGGCUCCGGAUCUGUUUUGGGCCCGUCUCCUCAGAGCUCUGCGGAUGCCACCGAGCCUCCGUCGUCUGUGGGCGGGAUCCCAUGGGAGGCGGCUUCGCUGACACUGUCGUCAUCGGAUGAGGAGGACAACAUGGCUUCAGAUUUGCCAACUCCUGGAGAUUCAGAUAUGCAUUCCAGUGUUUAUUCUGAGCCAAAGGUGGUUGACACGGAGGAAGGAAGAGAAGAGAAGGACGACGAGGUGAUAAUUAUUGAUGAUAUUUAG